GUGCUUCCGAGAUGGUGGGAAGUGGAUGCAGGUAUAGCGGGGUCAUGUUGGGGUUGCUGGCUGGUGUUUGUGCUGCCAGUGGUGUUGGUGUCGGUGCUGAUAAAACUGUUUAUACCACGUUGGUGUUGGUCUUGGUUCAUGCUGGAUCUCCUGUCGAUGGUACUAGUACUGUUGUCGUGACAUUGGCCGUGUCAUUCAUGAAUGACUCGAGAGUACCGGAUCGACGACGGCGACGGCGACAGCAACAGCGACAGCAUUGGUGCCUGUGUCUGUUGUCGCGGUCGCUCGACCGUCGCCACCAUUUCUUCCACCGGCUCCAACUUGAUCCUGCUACGGCAGAACUGCGUUAUUUCCAGUGUCCAAGUUUGUGAUGGGGUCCCUUGCCGGGAAAUUUUGGCCGACUUGGGUCUCGCCCUAGCGCUCGCCUCGCUCAGAAUGACUCUGAGACUGCUCCGUCGAGACGACUGCAUCACCGUCCGAGUCCACGACAAGACCACCAGCUGCAGCAGGGGUGGCAGCGGUGGCAGCGUUGCCAGUGGCGGUGGCAGUAUUUUCCCCUCUGCCUCCUCCUCCUCCUCCUUCUUGUAUCUGCUGUGUCUGCGUCUGCGUCUGCGUCUGCGUCCCCAAUUCCUUGACAGCCCUCCUAUUCAACCCCAAAAUAUCGAAUUUGCAAAGCGGACAAUCAUGAUGUCCCCGUUCAACCCACAAAUUCAGGCACGGGGCAUGAUAGACAUGGCCGCAAUGUAAUUCGCGAAUCUGUUCUUUUUCAUCAAUCAGAUCCAAACAAAUGGCGCAAAUCAGCUUCGUCGCCAGAGUUGCAAACGUCUGUUCGUGUUUCGUCGUCUUGUCCGCACGCCAGUCGUGCAGGGAUUGGAUGGGGGCCACUUUGUCUAGGAUUUUCAAUCUCUUGCGGUGUCGUUUGGCGAUUAGUUCUCUGUCGGUCAGGAUUUCACCAGUGGUGAUGUAGGUGGAGUCGAUUUGCCAUGCACCAUCACCGGAUGUUGUGGAUGUUGAUGAUGAGUCGGAGGAGCCGUCGUCAGAUGCUCCGUUUCGGCGUGUUGGGGAUAGGCAUUUUUUGUAGAUGGCGAAUCUAGGAUUUUAGUCAGCAUUCAUGUCCUUGAAAACCCAAGGUACCGGCCCGCGGUUGGUUCAUGGGGAGCAGAGGGGCUGUAGGGAGAAGAUGGAAUGGUAAGAUGGAUAUGCGCGGGCGUUGAUGUUGGUUUUAGCAGUACCUACCCGAAUAUCAGGGCGAAUAUGCCGAGACAUGACACUGCCA